AUGCCUCUCUACCGUACUACCCUCUAUCUGCUAUUCCUAUUCUCCCUGGCCGCUGCCUCCGGUCAUCUCCGCCUAGAACUCACCGCCUCCACCAAUUGCCACAUCCGUCUCACCACCGAUUUUUCCGAUGAGACACUUCUAUUACACAUGGGAGAGAAGCGUAUCACAAGCUUCCAUCCGCAAACUAUCAGACCUGACAAGAUUCGUGUUGGGCUCUCCUUGGCUCCAGGUGGAAAAAUGAGCUAUUUCGAUUUUGCCCUGAAAAAUACCGGACAGCAGUUGAGACACCUAUUUGAGGAUAGUGAAUUGGUGGUGUUGAUUCAGUCGGUCUACGAGUGUAACCGAGGAUUUUAUGGGUUGACUUGCGAGUUUGUGGGGACACCCACUACAGUAAUCACAACUACCGUAACCACGACUACAGUAAGCACUACCACUGAGUCCCAGAGUCCACAGCUCCAAACUACUCCUCUUCCAUUGAUCGCCGAGGAUUCUGAAGGCUUUAGCAGACUCAUCAUCACCAUCCUCUUGGUCAUAAUCAUCAGUCUCACCGUGUUAAUCAUCGUUUUUGGAAUUCUCCUUCUCUCCACCACCGACACUCAACAACACAUCAUUUUCGCUGACAACAACCAGACAAAAAUUUCUGCUCAGAAGAAAUACAAGGAGGACUGCAGCUUUUAUGAGGAAAUCAAGGAAGUGAGGUAUACGACUUCACCAUUUCAGAUGGUUGAAAUGGGGAAUUGGAUUUGA